UUAUAUUCCAGCACUUCGAGUGAACAGAAUGAGACACGCAAAUAUUUUGCUGAGCUUGAUCAGCUUGUGCCUGUUGGCUUUGCAGCCGGGCAGCGCGACAAGCAGCAGCGAUAACAAUAGUGGACCCGGCGUAGCACUAACCCGGCAAGCUAUCGCUCUGGGCAUGGAGCCGACGACGUUGAGCGAACUGUGGCGCACCAAACAGCCGGUGAUUGUGAGCAAGAUAGACGCACUGGGAAAGGAGCUUUCGACAACCUACGAACUCUCGCCCGAUGGCCAACAGAUAACCAGCAGCAGCCAUAAGGUGGAGCAGGUUAACCCACCCAGUCAACCAGCAGCAGUGGUGCAGCAGCCAACAAAUCCACAAUCGGACUGGGAGUAUGUGCCCCGUAGCCCCAACAAGCUGAGCAGUUCAUCGACAUUUGGCAAUAACUGGCCCAAUUUCGGGUCGCCGACGUGGCCCAGCUUUAGCUUCCCAUCGAGUGGAAUACCGCAAACGUCUACUGGUGAUCAGGGACGCACUGUGACCACAACAACAAGAGUCUUUAGAGGACCCGUAAAUAGCAUCUGGUCAAAUGGAGCGGAUGUUGCAGCCAAGUGGCCCAACUUUAACUAUCCCGCUGGAGUAACGCCACGAACGACCACCAAAACGACGCUGGAUGAUCAGGGACGCACUGUGACUACAGUGACGAAGACCUAUCCAGUUAUUUCCACUGUUUCAUCGGGAACUGAUCCUGAUGGCUUGCCCACCAAUUGGAACGAUUUCAAUGGGUUGCCGUCCUGGUUUAAAACCCCCAACUUUGAAAACGAGUCGCCCAGUUUGACGCCCACGCCAGCAGCACAGCCUGUGCCAUUGCCCGUGCCAUUGCCCACGCGACCCACUGUGUUGUCGCAACCACCGCUUCCCACAGCGGUGCCGAGCUAUGAUAUGUACACCACCACACCGCUGCCCUCGCUGGAGGAGUUUCUCCGGCAGACGCCCAAGACUACAGACACUACCAAUGUUUAUGAGCCGACUGUAAAUAGGACAAGGAUAACACGAGUCAAUUUCAAUAGCGCUGCACGACCAACUAUCGCUGAUAUGGAUCCCCAGAUGAGAGAUAUGCUCAGUCGUGGCGGCAUUACAGAUGAGGAUUUGCAAACUGCUCGAGUUCAGGGUAACGAUUUAGUCCGAACUGUAGCCCUGCCCGAUGGACGGUCCAUUACGACGACGGUGCGGAUCAAGAACCGGGCGGAACCACAACCAGUGGUCCCAUUGCCAACGGCACCACCACGCCAAGCUCCUCCACCAGUUCAACCGCAGGGCAAUACAAUAGACGAUUACCUGUCACAAGUGCAACUAACACCAUCAGAUAUUCAGGCCCAAAACGGCGAGGUGAUCAAAACGCUUGUCGACCAAAAUGGACGCGUUCUCAGCGUCAAGUUUGUGCUGAGCACCGUCAAGGGAGACGAGCAGGGCCAAGGACAAACAGAGCAGUCAAACAAAUAAAACGUUUAAUGCGGAAAGGAAAGGAAAACUAUCUAUAAAGAACUAAUUAUAUAAUAAUUUAUAAUUGUAUAUAUGUGUAUAUACAAAUGUAUACAGUGUAAAUGCUUUCAUAAAUAAAUGCUUAUCAGCAUGGGGGUAUGCCCCAAGAUUA